GCCGGGGCGCCGCCGCCGACCCGUUUCGUAACCGUGCUGGCUGCUGCUUCCUCGGGCCUGGCGGCCACAGCGGCCGGACCUGAUGGAGCGAGCUGCAGAAGGCAGGAGUUCGCCAGCUUGCACCUUCUCUUCCUUUACAAGAAGAUUUUGUUUAUCACUGGAAGGCAAUUACUCAUUACUACAUAGAGACUUCAGAUGACAAAGCCCCAGUGACUGAUACGAACAUUCCAUCCCAUCUGGAACAGAUGUUAGAUAUACUGGUUCAAGAAGAAAAUGAACGGGAAUCUGGAGAGACGGGGCCGUGCAUGGAAUAUUUACUGCAUCACAAGAUCUUGGAAACGUUGUACACUUUGGGGAAAGCUGACUGUCCUCCAGGAAUGAAACAGCAGGUGCUGGUGUUCUAUACUAAACUUCUGGGGAGAAUCCGGCAGCCACUACUUCCACACAUUAAUGUGCACCGGCCUGUGCAGAAAUUAAUUCGACUCUGUGGUGAAGUACUAGCAACACCGACGGAAAAUGAAGAGAUUCAGUUUCUGUGUAUUGUGUGUGCAAAGCUGAAGCAGGAUCCCUACUUGGUGAACUUCUUCCUGGAGAACAAGCUGAAGUCCUGGGCUUCUAAAGGGGCGCCCAGUGUGAUUUCAGAAGACGCGUUCAAAGGUCAGGAUUCCUUGUCAACUGAUACCGGCCAGUGUCAGCAAUCGGAGAAGCUGCCUGGUGCAGCCGCAGCGGAGCGCACCGAGCCCGAGGAAGAGCCCCCGCCCCAGGCGGACAACCUGUCCACAAGCCUGGAUGACCUCAGCUCCGCGUCACUGCCAGAGGCCUCCGUCGUCCGCCCAAACCAUGAUUACAAUUUAGUGAAUUCUUUACUAAAUCUUACCCGAAGCCCUGAUGGCCGGAUAGCUGUGAAAGCCUGCGAGGGCUUGAUGCUGUUAGUCAGUUUGCCAGAGCCUGCAGCUGCUAAGUGCCUUACCCAGAGCACUUGCUUGUGCGAACUGCUGACCGACAGGCUGGCCUCCCUGUACCGGGCCCUGCCUCCGUCGGUGGACCCCUUGGACAUUGAGACCGUGGAAGCCAUUAACUGGGGCUUGGAUUCAUACAGUCACAAAGAAGAUGCUUCAGCAUUUCCGGGAAAACGAGCCUUAAUUUCCUUUCUCUCCUGGUUUGAUUAUUGUGAUCAGCUGAUUAAGGAAGCCCAAAAGACUGCUGCUGUUGCUCUUGCCAAAGCUGUUCAUGAAAGAUUUUUCAUCGGCGUUAUGGAACCUCAGUUAAUGCAAACUUCUGAGAUGGGUAUUCUGACGUCGACUGCUCUGCUUCAUCGCAUUGUUCGGCAAGUAACUUCUGAUGUUUUGCUUCAAGAAAUGGUGGUUUUCAUCCUCGGCGAGCAGAGAGAACCAGAGACUCUUGCAGAGAUGAGCAGACAUCCUUUAAGGCAUAGGUUAAUCGAACAUUGUGAUCACAUAUCUGAUGAGAUCAGCAUAAUGACACUGAGGAUGUUUGAACAUCUUCUACAAAAACCCAAUGAGCACAUUCUUUACAACUUGGUCCUGAGAAAUCUUGAAGAAAGAAAUUACACAGAAUAUAAGCCUGUGUGCCCGGAAGACAAAGAUGUGGUAGAGAAUGGAUUAAUAGCAGGCGCAGUAGAUCUGGAAGAAGAUCCAUUAUUUACUGACAUUUCACCAGAUAAUACUUUGUCAAAGAAAGAGUGGCUUCGUUCUUCACCUCCACCUACACCAGACCACCCUAAGAAUGACGGGAAGACUGAAGUCCACAAAAUUGUAAAUAGUUUUCUUUGUCUGGUACCGGAUGAAGCCAAAUCAUCCUACCACGUUGAGGGCACUGGCUAUGACACCUACCUCCGAGAUGCUCACAGGCAGUUCCGGGACUACUGUGCUAUCUGCUUAAGGUGGGAAUGGCCUGGGUCUCCAAAAGCGUUGGAAAAGUGCAACUUAGAAGCAGCAUUCUUUGAAGGUCAUUUUUUGAAAGUUUUAUUUGACAGAAUGGGAAGAAUUCUUGAUCAGCCGUACGAUGUGAAUUUACAGGUGACUUCAGUGCUGUCCAGAUUGUCCCUCUUUCCUCAUCCACACACACACGAGUACCUUUUGGACCCCUACGUGAAUCUCGCCGCUGGCUGUCGAUCUCUCUUCUCUGUAAUUGUCAGGGUUGUUGGAGACCUUAUGGUUCGAAUUCAGCGCAUUCAAGACUUCACGCCUAAACUUCUGUUGGUCAGGAAGCGAUUGCUUGGUUUGGAGCCUGAAGGCCCUGUUAUUGACCACAUCACGUUGCUAGAGGGUGUGAUUGUGUUGGAAGAGUUCUGUAAGGAGCUGGCGGCGAUUGCCUUUGUAAAAUACCACGCUUCCUCCACACCCUAACUGCUAUCAAGUCACUAGGGGGCCGAACCGUCAUGGACAUUCUGUUGGAACAGACUCAGUCCCACCCAGCCAAGAGAGGGUAAAAGGCCUUUUUAAAUGAAGUAUUAUUGUAAACUGGACAGAACCUUUUAGGUGAAGACUCUUGGUAAAAUGUGGCAUAAUGUUGUCUUCAUUGGCUUUAUCAUAAUGGGUCUGUGUUGUACAUUUUUGAACCCAGGAUACAAUCAAAGGAACUUCAGGAAGUAAGCGUUUCUGAUGACUACAUGAAAUGCUGAAGAAUUCCUGAUGUCAUGACUUUGAUGACAUUUCUGUUAUCUUACUGUCCUUUUAGGUAGCGAGGCAUUUUGACAUUCCCUGGGACUCAAAUGCUUAGGUUCUUUUGGAUUAAUAAAUAGCAAAAAGUUCACUGAUUUUAUAACUUUUUAAGGUUAAGGUUCUUAUCAAACAAAGUAUUUAAAACUAUAAAUCAGAAAAUAAUUCAGGAACCAUCCAUGAAUUAUUAAUAAUAGUAAAUAAGAACGUGUAGAACAGCAUCAACUUUCUUUAGCUUUUCUAAGAAUAACACUUUAAUAUGAGAAAGAAAUUCUUGAUUAAUAUAUAUUUUUAAAGAAACUUCCUUUUACUCUCUUGUGCACAUAGCCAUGUUAGUGAUUCAUUUUCACGUAGGGGUCCCAGUUGACUUAAACUGUCAUUUGUGCAACAACGUUGAGUUUGUGUUCAUCAUUGGUAGUGUGUGCUAAAAUGAUCUUUUAAAACCGAGUUAACUGUACUCAGUUGACGGCUUCCUUCUUCUCUUUCCCUCUGAAAAUUAUUUCAUAGUUAAUUUCCUAUUGAAGUGGUUGGCAGUGUCCCAGUAGGCCACAAUCAGAGUGCCAAUGGCAUCUCAAUGUUUACAUUUUUUUUUUCAUUUCAUUUUGUCUUUGGUCUUAAAUGAUUCUUGAGAAAUGAAAGAAAACAGUCUUUUAAAUGUCCUGUUUACAUGUUAAAGGGUUCUGAGGCGUUGGGCGUGUGUGGAGUGGGCGUGCAGCAGCAGCAUCUGCUCUAGCUGCCGGGCGAUGCCCAGCAGGCUGUGGAACCUUACAUCAAGGAGUUUGCUAGUGUCCUCGGUUCUUUCUGUUCGUGGUUUAUUGUCCCAAGAUUGCUUUAAAGUUUUUUGGUUUUUUCUUUUAAUGUCAAGCAGCAGCACUUUCCUCUUCCUUUCCAUU